AUGUCAUCUUCAUCCGUAUCUGAUGGAAUUCUGAAAUUCGCUACACAAUACUCGAUUUAUAGUGGUUGUAUUAUAUUCAGUUUUGGAAUUAUUGGUAAUGUAUUGAAUCUUCUUGUUUUUACUCAAUUGAAACAAUUUCGAACGAAUCGAUGUGCCUUCUAUAUAACCAUUGAAUCAAUUUCCAACUUCAUUUAUCAGUUUUCAUUACUUAGCACAAAAACCAUGUUAACAUCAAUAUAUGGAGAUGAUGCUACAGGACGUUCUUUCAUUUGGUGUAAAUUAAGAUAUAUAUUGGGACAAAUAUGUACGCUCACUACAAUUUAUAUGAUAUGCUUCACUGUUGUUGAUCAAUUCUUUUCGACCAAUCAUCGUUUUAAUUUAAGACAAAUGUGUACAUUGAAACUAGGUCGAUAUGUUUCAUCUAUAUUCAUUUGUUUUGCGAUCAUUCAUAGCAUUCUACUUGGCUCUUCUUAUGAUAUUCAAUCAACACUGGGAUGUGUCUUAUCGAAUUAUGUCUGGAUUCAGUAUUCAACAUAUUUCUUUUAUCCGAUUUUAAUUGGUUUCCUGCCUAUUAUAAUUGCAUCAUCAUUUAGUAUCUUAGCUUAUCAUAAUGUUCGCCAUAUAGUCCGACGACAAUUACCAAUUGUACGUCGUAAAUUAGACAAACAAAUAACAGCAAUGGUUCUUACACGUGUAAUAGCUUUUGUUUGUUUGACACUACCUUAUAAUGCUUAUCGUAUCUAUGCUAUUAAUUUUCCUAUAUCACGAAGUAUGCCUAUGGCAUAUGCAAUUGGUCGAUUAGUUCAAACAAUUUUUACUUCUAUCAGCAUUAUAAAUUAUGUUAUCAACUUUUAUAUUUUUAUAAUAUUCUCAUCACGUUUUCGUCGUCAAGCGAGACUUGUGUUAGUAAAAAAAUGUUGGCAACGAUGGAAAUAUUGGUGUUGCUCCAUAAAUAAUCGAAUUGAACCUGACAACAAUAUUGAAGCACGUCUUUCCAUUAAUCAACCAAAAUUAUGUCCAUCGGCAACAUGGAACUCUAAUGCUGUGACAUUUACUGAUCAGAAUACAAUUGGUACACAGCCGUAUAGCAUUUCAAUUGACAUCAAUAAUACUAUUUAUAUAUCAGAAGGAAAUCUUAAUCGUGUUCAAGUCUGGUUAAAUGGAAAUGGAACUCCAAUAAGAAAUAUUUCUAAUGGUUUGAAUACACCACAAGCUGUUUUUCCUUCGAUAAAUGGUGAUAUUUAUGUUGAUAAUGGUAAUUAUAAUGGUCAGGUAGAUAGAUGGGCAUUAAAUGCAAUAAUUGGCACUACAGUCAUAAAUACCGGUGGUACGUGUUAUGGUCUCUUUAUCGAUAUCAACAAUUAUCUUUAUUGUUCCAUCCUUGCAACUAAUAAAGUGAUUAAACAAUCACUUGACAAUGGUACGUUAACUAUUGCUGCUGGUAAUGGUACUGCCGGAAAUAAUACAAAUCAGCUUCGUCAUCCUCGAGGAAUUUUUAUUGACACUAAUUUGAAUAUGUAUGUAGCAGAUUCUGGAAAUGCAAGAAUUCAAUUAUUUAAACCAGGACAAUCAAACGCAACAACCGUAGCAGGAACUGGAGCACCGGGAACAUUCACAUUCAUCAAACCGAUAGCAGUUAUACUUGACUCUGAUGGGUAUUUAUUCAUUGCAGAUUUUGAUGGUCAUUGUAUUAUAAGAUCGGGAAGGUCAGGAUUUUAUUGUUUAUUUGGAUGUACAUAUCAGCCAGGUGCAGCGUCGAAUCAAUUACAUAGUCCCCAGAGUCUCAGUUUUGAUAGCUAUGGAAAUCUUUAUGUCGCCGAUUCUGAAAAUCAUCGAAUUCAAAAAUUUAUUCCGCGAACAAAUUCAUGCGAUAUUUCUUACAAUCUACCGAAAUUUUGUUCAAAUGCAACAUGGAAUCCUAACGCUAUAAAUUUGACGUAUUUUAUCAACAAUGGCGUAUUUUCCCAACGUCUCUUUAUCAAUAAUAACAACACUGUUUAUAUGUCUGCAACAAGCUCUAAUAAUAUUUUAGUAUGGUUAGAAGGAAAUGCGAGUCCACAAACAUAUAAUUCUCCUGAUAUAAGUGAUCCAGGUGCUAUAUUUGUCACUGUUAACGGUGCUGUUUAUGUUUAUAACAAUGGGAUUAAUGGUAGCAUAAACAAAUGGGCACAUAAUGGACCGGGUGGUAGUGAUCUCCUUACGCGUGUUAAUGGUAUUUGUAACGGUAUCUUUGUCGACAUCGAAGACAAUAUUUAUUGUUCUAUGAGUGAUUUUCAUACAGUACUAUUAUUCAAUAAUGGUACAUAUACAUCACUUAUUAUCGCAGGUAACGGUUCUGCUGGAUCCGGACCAUAUAUGCUGAAUACUCCUCGAGGAAUCUUUGUUGAUAUUAAUCUCAAUUUGUACAUAGCAGAUUGUCGAAACAAUAGAGUACAAUUACUACAAGGGGAAUAUCCAAACAUGACAACUGUAGUAGGAAAUGGAUCGAAUGAAAUAAUUACAUUCGAUUGUCCAACUAGUGUUAUACUUGAUGCUGAUGGAUAUUUAUUUAUUUUGGAUUCUAAUAAUCAACGUAUAGUUGGAUCAAAUGCUGAUGGUUAUCGAUGUAUAGUAGGAUGUAUAAAUGGACUUAUACCAAUAUUAGAUGAAUUAUAUCAACCUUGGAGUCUUAGUUUUGAUAGUUAUGGAAAUAUUUACGUUGAUGAUGCAGGACAGUUACGAUUGCAAAAAUUUCUUUUUAUAAGUAGUUCUUGUGGUGGACAAUCCACAUCUUCAAUUUUUUUACCCACUUGUUCAACACCUUUAUAUAUCGGCUCUAAUUGUAAUACAUCCGCGUCAAUAUGUGAUAUACGUCAACCUUGUCAAAAUAAUAGUACUUGUAUUAAUGAUAAUACGAUCAUUCGGGGAUAUAAUUGCUAUUGUCUACCUGAUUUUAACGGUACAGAAUGUCAAUAUGAUUAUCGAAUUUGUCAAUUACGUACUUGUUCAUAUAAUGGUAUAUGUUAUCAAUCAUCAAAUACAACAUUUACUUGUAGUUGUAAUGAAGGAUGGCAAGGUGUACAUUGUGAAAUAAAAAUCAAUUAUUGUAAAAAUAUAACAUGUU